AAUUUAUUGGCUAUUGAAUUGGGAAAGGAACUGAUGAAUUUUAAGGAUGCCAACAACUUUAUAUUGAAGAUUUCUUCUCAAACAGAUUGUCUGUUACUGAUAAGGGUUUCGAACGGAAUGUGCAGAGACACUCACUUGGCAAAUGGGAGGUUCUAAAGUUUGGGUUAUAAUUUCUCCACUCUGUUCCAUUUGAGGCUGGUGCUAGCUUGCUGUUUCCUUUUUCUUUUUCUUUUCCUUUUCGUUUUUUCUCCAUAAAGGAGGAAGGUAAUUUUCACCUUAGUAGCCUUUAUUAUUUUCUUCUUUUCUGUCACUAGGUGGUUCAUCACUGUUUUUUACAAUUUCUUUGUUGCUGAUCUGAGGACUAAUGGUAGCACUAGAAACAACUUUGGGGUAAUCAGAUUGGGUUGGUUGAAACCUUAAUGGGAGUCACCAGUUUGGCUUCUCUGCUAUUCCCACCUAGGCCGUAGCUGAGCUUUAUGGGAACAUUGAAUCUCGCAUGGAUUUGGAAAAACUCAGAUAUCGAGUCUUCAAAUGGUAGUGUCGUUAGUUUGUCUGCUGAUACAGCAUUUGAUGAAGUACAUUGGGCAGCAGAGCUUCCCAGUUCAGCAGCAAUGGCCAGUGCCAGCGGAUCUGAAGGUCCCCAGAAGGAGCAGAACGUAAUGCUUCCUCCAAAGAGAGGCCAGAUCAAAAUUAAAAUUUUUAACGGUUUUGUCAAGACGGUAAGCAACGUAGUUGAGAAGGCAACGGCAGUGGGAAAAGAAAAGAUGAAAAAACAACGGGAGGUGAGAGCAGAGGAAGCUCCGCAUCCACAAUCCCUUUCCAAGGGGUAAACAAUUCGUAAGGUCAUUUCCCCAGCAUAACCUUGUCCUUCACUGAAUCAAGCUUGUUCGGUUCCUUCGCUGCUCACUUCUAAGCAUGAGUUAUAAGCUUAAGAAAGUUACAUGUAACAGUGACCAUAUUAUUCUCAACGUAUGAAUAGUUUUUCUCUCUCACCCUCUGUGUGUAUCCCAUAAAUAAAUGUUAGUGAAGUUGGCAGCAUAAGUUUUAAAGUUAACCAUGGAUCUACUGAAUUAUUGAUGUGGCUAUAAUUCCAUAUAGCUUCUGUUGUUGUAAAUGUACCUCUAUCCUUGUCAUUUGUGCUAGUUUAAGAGGAAGAGAUAAUAUAUAAUGAAACUGUGAU